AUGGCACCUUUGAAAUCAACUGCAUAUCUACACCACCUGGCAGCUGUACUGCUCAUAGUGACAGUACUCUUCCACCCGGGCAGUGGUACCCCCUUCCGUCCUAGUGCACUUCCUGCUGAAAAUGUUCUCUCCAGCGGUUCAUGUCGUGUUGGCAAUUUGUGCUGUACAGGGCGAGACCGAAACUGUGCCGUUUCAUUAAACCCCGGUGGUCCGGUUUCUUUGAUAGGAAAUAUCAUUACUGCAGCAGAGAAUUCUGCAAAGGAGUGCUACUGCGACAGUGCAUGCAUCACACUUGGCGACUGCUGUGCUGACUACAAGGCCACUUGUGGAGUGAUCGACUGUCGCGUGAGUGAAUGGGAACAGUGGUCAGAGUGUGACGCUGCCUGCGGAGUGGGCUCAAUGUCGAGGUCGCGCACAGUUCAGUAUGAGCCACAAAACGGCGGCAAAGAGUGUCCUGAUUUGCGCCAGAAGCGAGCCUGCCAUGGACAGCGAUGUGAAGUGCAAGACAAUGAUAAGAUGCAACGAGAGACUGCCAUCAUUCUCCAGUCGAGUUUUUCCUCCACUCGAAACGUCGACGAAAACCAAGAUAUCCGCCGUAAUCUGCGUCUGAACUACCCCAAAGAUCCGCUCAAGGAGAAUGUCAUUGAAUACACCGUCCUCUUUGAGGUGACAAAGAACAAAAAGUCUUGUGAAACACUGGGCGCUGAAGUGUUCGGCAAGCUGCAGGAAGGAUCAAAG